UUUUAUUUUCGCAAAAGAGAGCUAAAGAAAAAUAAUAAAAAAAGAGAUGGGAGAAGAGAGAGCAGAUCCGCAGAAACUCAAGAGAAUUGCUGCGGCGGCUUACGAUUACGAGAACGAUCCCAGAUGGGCUGAUUAUUGGACCAAUAUCUUGAUUCCUCCUCACAUGGCUUCUCGCUCUGAUGUUGUUGAUCACUUCAAGCGCAAGUUUUACCAGCGCUAUAUCGAUCCUGAUCUUGUGGUAGAGGCUAUGUCGUCAAGUGCACCAUCGGGAUCAGCAAAACCAACUUCAACCUCAUCAGCAGCAGCAAAUGGUGAAGCUCGAGCACACAAUGCAGGCUCAACCGCUAGAACUUCCGGGGCAUCAGCAGGUUCAGGUUCAAACACGGUUUCUCUGCGCUGGGAUCUAAACACAAUACAAUUUUCUGUCGAUGCUUGGAUUUUUAUUGUGGCUGUGCUAGCCAUCUUUCCACUUGUCCCUAAAAGUCUUUCAAAUAGGGCUUAUCGGCUUUCAUUUAUGGGCACUGCUUGUUCCUCUUUAUACUCUUUGUAUGCACUAUAUGGGAAACCAAGGGCAUGGAAUUUGCAGGCAGUUCAAGUAUAUUUUCAAUCAAUAAUUGCAACCAAAGAUUUUAUCUACUUUAUCUACUGCCUUACAUUUGUCACUUCACAUCUUUGCCUUAAAUUUGCUUUGAUUCCCAAUUUAUGCCGAGCACUUGAACACAUUGCGAAGUUCUUAAGGCGUAAUUUCAAUCGUUCUACCUUGUACAGGAAGUAUUUGGAAGAUCCUUGUGUGUGGGUAGAAUCAAACACCACCACCCUGAGCAUACUAUCGUCAUAUGCUGAGAUUGGACUUGGCUUCCUUCUAAUUGUUUCCUUGCUCUCGUGGCAACGCAAUAUUAUACAACCUUUCAUUUACUGGCAGUUAUUGAAGCUUAUGUACCAUGCACCUGUUACUGCUGGAUACCACCAAAGUGUGUGGACGAAGAUAGGAAGGACGGCUAAUCCACUUAUGCAGCGUUACGCCCCAUUUUUGAACACUCCAGUUUCUGCAAUUCAGAAAUGGUGGUCCAGAUAGAAAGCAAUAUACAGUGGAAUGUUGGGUUCUUUUUGGGAUAAUUGGAUGUUUUAUUAUGGAUGUUGAAACAUAUAUAACUGAAGAUUAACAGAGCAGUAUAUGUGAUUCCCUACAAACCUUGAAUUUGAGCCUGA